CUCGCUCUGAGAAUCUGAGACGAGCAGCGGCGUGUUGGGUUGCAGGGGUGUCGCAGUUUGAUUCAGGUCUAUUUCGUAAUUCAUCGCCGAAGGAGGAAGUGCAGCCAUGGCGCAGGGGAUCAAAGAAAGAUUUGAAAAGUUUCUCCAUGAGAAGAAUCUUAUGACAGAUCUUCUGGCCAAAGUCGAGGGCAAGACCGGAGUGAGCAGGACAUACAUCGCGAUCGUUGUCAUCGCUGUCAUCGCUAUCUACUUGGUGAUCGGUUACGGAGCCUCGCUGCUGUGUAACCUCAUCGGAUUUAUUUAUCCAGCCUACAUAUCGAUUAAGGCCAUUGAAAGUGCUACCAAAGAUGAUGAUACUAAAUGGCUGACCUACUGGGUGGUGUAUGGAGUCUUCAGCGUGGCCGAGUUUUUUGCUGACAUCUUCCUCUCCUGGUUCCCAUUCUACUAUAUUGGAAAGUGUGCCUUCUUGGUGUGGUGCAUGGCUCCGACACCCUCCAACGGAUCAGUCCAGAUUUAUAACCGCAUCAUUCGACCGUUUUUCCUGAAGAACGAAGCCAAGAUUGACGACGUGGUGAAGAACCUCAAGGACAAGGCGUCAGAGGCUGCUGACAAGUUCAAGGAUGAGGCCAAGAAAGCCACAGCAAACAUCAUGUUUGAGGAGAAGAAGAGCUCCUAAGAACGAGGCCUUGACCACAGUGUCCGCUCUGGAUCCAACCCUGUUACAGAAGAUAUGUGGCCUUGAAAAUGUUUGUUCAGUACAUAAACGUAAUCACCCUCCCAGCUGUAUUAGUGUUACACAUGCAUCCAUUAAAGCCGUUCCACGUGUCAGUUUACUUAUUUAACUUCUGGAGGGCUCUCAGACAACUGGUCGGGGUUUGCUUUAUGAAAUAAAUAAAAAUAAACUCACUCUAAUGUGGA